AUGUGCUCUUCUAAACACGUGGAUUCAACUAUCGCUGCCAGUUCGGGAUAUAGUGGUGGUAUUAUUAUGAAUGGUCAGAAGGAAAGGGAAUUUGUGACGAUGGUACAAAAACACAUGGUUGAUCUCAACUCUGCCGGAUACAUUUCGAUGCCAGAUAUAGUCAAACGUGUAUGGAUCGAUAUUGGGUCGAGCAAGGACUCGUUUUUAGGCGAUUGUCAUAUUUGUCAAAGAGUUUAUUGGCCACAUCGAUCACCGAUGACGUUGACUCAAGAAUUUCAACAAUCAAAUGAUCUAUUCGUGAUCGCCAUCGAUCCGAAUAUUGACUUUUAUAGUUCAUUAUCGAAGAUUCCAAGAUUGAUUCCAAUCAUCGCUGCCAUAUUUCCAACUGAAGGAACGCGAGCCUUUUAUGAAUAUCAAGGUAGCGGUUGCAGUAGUCUUCUUGAACCGAAUGCGAAUAUCGACAGGAAACUGGCAAUUUAUGAAUGGUUUCGACCCUGCACGAAAGUAACUAAAAUAACAGGUGUUUCAACAUUACGUUUAGAAACAAUACUAUCAAUUAUUGAUCCUCGUUUGAGCAUCGAACUACUCAAAGUUGAUGCACAAGGCGUAGAUUUAGACGUCGUUAAAAGUGCUGGAAAACUAUUGAAAAGAAUCGACAAAGUAAUUAUUGAGAUUCAAUUAGAUGACGAAAAGCGAAAUAAUUCUAAUAUUCUUUACAAAAAUGCGAAUAGUGCCAGUGAAACGUUAGAAUAUAUGAAAGCGAACGGAUUUACCUUCGACAAAGGCCAAUCAAGCGUUGAAAACAAAGCAAUAGAAGAAUACAAUUACGUUUUCAACAAAGACAAGUUCUGA